AUGCUCCAAUUGCCAUUGCGGGAACACCCCAACCAGUCCUCUACCAAGGCUGUGAUCCUGGUCGGAGGUCCUUCCAGAGGUACUCGCUUCCGCCCAUUGUCGCUUGAUGUGCCCAAGCCCCUGUUCGAAGUCGCCGGCCACCCUAUCAUCCACCACUGCCUGAAGGCGAUCGCCAAGGUCAACGACGUGCGCGAGGUUAUUCUGGUCGGAUACUACGAUGAGACGGUCUUCCGGGAUUUCAUCAAGGAUGCUGCGAAGGAAUUCCCCCAGUUCCGCAUCCAGUACCUGCGGGAGUACACAGCGCUGGGCACCGCAGGCGGAUUGUACCACUUCCGCGAUGCGAUCCUGAAGGGCAAGCCCGAGCGCUUGCUGGUGCUGAACGCGGAUGUCUGCUGCUCAUUCCCACUGGUCGAGAUGCUGCGCCUGUUCGAGGAGAAGGAUGCGGAGGCCGUGAUCCUGGGUACACGGGUAGGAAAUGACGCUGCGACCAACUUUGGCUGCAUUGUGUCCGAUUCGCACACCAAGCGUGUGCUGCACUACGUCGAGAAGCCCGAAUCGCAUAUUUCCAACCUCAUCAACUGUGGUGUCUACCUGUUCGCCACCGAGUGCAUCUUUCCCGCCAUCCGCAGUGCCAUCAAGCGUCGCACCACCCGCCCCCGCCUCCUCUCCUACCCCUCCUCCGAUAACCUCGAAUCGUCCUUUGUCGCUGGAGAUGACGAUGAGUCCGAGAGGAGCGAGGUCCUCCGCCUCGAGCAGGACAUUCUCUCCGACCUGGCCGACAGCAACCGCUUCUUCGUCCACGAAACUAAGGAUUUCUGGCGACAGAUCAAGUCUGCUGGCUCCGCUGUCCCUGCCAACGCGCUCUACCUCCAGAAGGCGUUCCAGGCCCAGUCCGAGGAGCUCAUGCCUCCCUCCGCCACCAUCGUGCCCCCGGUCUUUAUCCACCCCACGGCUACUGUCGACCCCACCGCCAAGCUCGGUCCCAAUGUCUCUAUUGGUGCCCGCGUCGUGGUUGGUGCCGGUGCCCGUAUUAAGGAUUCCAUUGUGCUCGAGGACUCUGAGAUCCGCCACGACGCCUGUGUGAUGCACUCGAUCAUCGGCUGGAGCAGUCGCGUCGGUGCCUGGGCCCGUGUGGAAGGCACCCCAAUCCCCAUCAGCAGCCACUCCACCAGCAUCAUCAAGCAGGGCGUCAAGGUGCAGAGCAUCACGAUUCUCGGCAAGGAGUGCGGCGUUGGUGACGAGGUCCGCGUGCAGAACUGUGUCUGCUUGCCGUAUAAGGAGCUCAAGCGGGACGUCGCCAACGAGGUUAUCAUGUAA